AUGUCUUUUCAAGGACCAGGACUCGGACAGGAACGAGUUAACCGUAAACAGCUCUUGGAGCAGCUUGAAGAAAAGAAGAAAAUUCUUCGUAUGCAAGCACAGCACAACCAGACUGGUUCAAGUGCAAGCGUUCCUUCCAGUCCAGUUACUUCCCCUAGUGUGACUUCACCCACUGCUGGUUCUCCAGCAUCACCCACCAACAAUGGCAAUAUCCCUCCUGGAUCUAUAACUCCUACUAUGCCAAUUGGGAUGCCUUCAGCCACUCCUUUAAAUACUGGUAGGGAAAUCAACCCUAUGUUGAUAAACCCUCUGACCGCUCCUUCGAGUUACGAUGCAUCACCAAUGACACCAGCACAAAGAACAGCACUUCAGCACGCCCAUGCCAACUCUGUCGGAUACUUCAUACCUCAGGACUCUUCAUUUGGAAAUCUCAUCUUACCAAUGUCCACCUUUCCUGUUUUAUUCAUGUUUGCUUUCUUUUCCUCUUUUCACAUCUUCCUUCUUGGAAAGCUGCAGACAUUGCUUUUCCUUCUCUUCUCUCAGGAAGAUGCAGUAAAUCUGCUUUUCCUUUCUUUUCCUUGCUAUCUGCCCCAGAUUUGA